ACCUGCCCCACCUGUAGGUGAGCAGUGUUGUGUGAGCACUAGGCGAUUCCUCAUCUUUCUGCCAGCACAUUCAGCGGCAGCUUCCUGGAGCUGUUCUGUUUCUUCAGGAGCGCAGCAGAUCCUGUUUAGAACCUAUUGCCAAGAGCCCUGAGCAGGAUCCACCAUGCAGUGCUUCAAAUUCAUUAAGGUCAUGAUGAUCCUCUUCAACCUACUCAUCUUCCUGUGUGGUGCAGCCCUGCUGGCUGUGGGAAUCUGGGUGUCUGUCGAUGGACCGUCCUUCCUGAAGAUCUUUGGACCACAAUCAUCAAAUGCCAUGCAGUUUGUCAACGUGGGCUACUUCCUCAUCGCGGCUGGUGCUGUGGUCUUUAUUCUUGGUUUCCUGGGCUGCUACGGUGCUCACUCUGAGAACAAGUGUGCGCUCAUGAUGUUCUUUGUCAUCCUCCUCAUCAUUUUCAUUGCUGAGAUUGCAGCUGCUGUGGUUGCUUUGGUGUUUACCACAAUGGCCGAACAAUUCCUGACGUUGCUGGUGGUGCCUGCCAUCAAAGAAGACUAUGGUAACCAGACUGAGUUCACCAGCGUGUGGAACUCUACCAUGGAAGAGUUGAAGUGCUGUGGUUUCAACAACUAUACAGAUUUUAACAACUCACGUUACUUGGAAAAGAAUCACUUCUUUCCUCCUUACUGUUGUUUCAACUCUAACAGUGGGGUAUUUGAGGACCCGUGCACAGAGGAAAAGGCCAAGCAGUUGCAAGUACAGGGUUGUUUCAAACAGCUUCUGCAUGACAUCAGAACCAAUGCAGUCACUGCGGGUGGUGUGGCAGCUGGAAUUGCAGCCCUGGAGCUGGCUGCCAUGAUCGUAUCCAUGUAUCUAUACUGCCAUCUGGAGUAAGACUGCUUCUUCCUUCCCACUUGCUGCUGCCACAUGGAAACCAAGAAGAGGCACUUGGCACAGCUGAGCUGCAGUGACCCCAGUGGACACGAAAUUUAACACUUGUUUGGGCUGGAGUGGAUUUGCCUUUGCUGCUCUGGACUUUGGACUAAACAUGACCAUCUCUUUCAGGCUGUGUCUCCCUUGUUCUACUGGUGGGGCUGGGGGGACAUCUCUUCCAGAGUCUCUGAAGCAGCCACUUCUGCCCAUCUCCUGAGUCUUUUCUUCAAUCCUUGCCACUUAGUGUAAAAGUCGCUCUUGAUGAUCCCAGUACUCCACUGGUGGAUGACGGCACUUACGGCCUGGGCAUAGUCAAGUCCAGCAAAGUCAUUUUGGAAACUACAAACCAAUGAAAACAUUUCCAUUUGGACUGUGUGUACUUGGGUCCAGCCUGCCUAAACUGCACUGAUUUCUGUGCAGCUGGAGACUCAGCAGGGUGGAAAGAGGGCUUCAGGCCUGGGAGGGCGAGUAAGAAAGGCCAAGGGGCCCUGAGGAGGAGGAGUGGGGUGGCCUGUAUCAUGAGAAGACUUUGUCCUCAAAGUUCCCCCUCCUGGUGAAGGGCACUGGACUGGAAAGCUAUGAAAGUAAUAAGCCUGUGCCAAGUCAAGAAGGGGAGAACAGAAUUAUUGUCAGGGUUGCAGGGGUGGAGUCACUCUUCGGGUUCCAAGAAGCCCUCCAGGAACCCUGAUAAGUAGCUCUAAGCUGUGUGCCCUACUUUGGAGAAUCUUAAAUCUUUUCUUUGGUGUUGGCCUAUCCAUUGCUCUAACGAUGUGUAUCUUUGGGGAGAGGGAGUUGAUUUACACAUUUGUAUUGGAAGAAAACAGGGGAGAGGGUCUCUCCCAUUAAUGGGAGUAUUUAUAUGUUCUCCAGCCAAUCCAGAUUUGUGCCCUGAGGGUGGCUGGGCAUAUUGGGUAUGUUCCCAUCAUCUUGAACAGGAAGUGGGUAGUUGUAGGGUGUGGCCUGGUUGGUAUGGUAGCAUACUUAGUUUACAGGCUGAAAGUAUAUUAUAGUGAGGCUCCCUAUAGCAAUGGGCACCAACAGCUCUGGCUCCUUCACCUAGCUGUUUUGUUUUUGUUUUGAUUUUUUAAUAUGUAGUCUGGUUGUUCUAGAACUCACUAUGUAGACCAGGUUGGCCUGCAACUCAGAGAUCUGCCUGCCUCUGCCUCCUGAAUAUUGGGAUUAAAAGCUGUGCACCAUCA